AUGAAUGCAUUAAUUCCACCGGCCCCAAAGAUAUUCAAAUUUUUGGCGCUUUUCCUUUGCCUUUUUAAUGGAGCGUAUUCCACGCCGCUUGGUAAUGGCACACGUUCCGUUAACUCUGCCAAUUUGAUAAGAUCAAACGAUGAUAUCAAUACCACAGUGUCGCAUUCACCUUCUAUGAAUUCACCAAAACUUCCGCCUUCGCCUACGUUCAAACCUACCGGUACCGCAGCUGAAACACCGAAUGCUCCUAGAAUUAUUAAGAAAGCAGAGUUCAUAUCACCUAGUUUAUUUUAUCAACAAGGGCAAAUGUCCGUUGAGUGUCCUAACCAGAAGGAUAUCAUGGCCAUUAUUAGAGACUAUGUGGGGCGGACUAGGCGUUAUCCGCUUCCUGAUCUUGGAGGUACUGGCAUAACCGCGGAAGAAUGGAAUCGCCAGCUUGAUGUAUGGGAAAAGGUCAUAGAGGAUAAACCCACCGCAGGGAAAGCAAAGCGAUAUGUCAAAAACCUGCAGAAACGUUGCUUCGCGUGCCGGUGUAACCCCGAGACGGCCCGGCUCGUGCAUGAAACAAAUGCCCUACUAAUUAAUAACCCUUGUUCGAACCGUAUGAUUGCACUCAAGUGCGAAGCUUAUUUCCGUAAGUUCAAUUUUAAGAAACCCUAG